CAGAUUAGGUGUGGAUGUAGAAAUUUGUUUGCCAUUGGUUAUAAUCCAUCAUUUUGUGUGUGACUUUCUAGGUCAUUAUUGUUAGCGUAUACCCGCGUUGUUCGUAAAUGGAUGAACUUGAUUCUUUAUUGAAUGAGUUGCACCAAACAAAUCAGAAGAUUCUACAGAAAAAUAAAUACUGCAAUUCUUAUUGUGAUUACAGCAGUUCCUUCACCAAUGUGACUGGUAGUGAUCAGCAGACAGGAACAGAUAACUCUACUGGAAACAAAUCUUCAUUAGAGCAAGAGAAUUACAGCAAUGGUCUGAAAAAUAGCCAGCCGAAGAAUGUGCAGGAGCUUAAUGAAAUGCUUGCUGAUCUUGAUAACUUCGACUAUGUUCAACUAAAUUAUACUCCACAGGGAUAUUCAAACUACAUUCAAAGCCAAACGAAUCAAUUGGAGGAAAGUUCUACCUGUAAUACAAAUACACCAACAAUCGUAAAUAGUCAUUCCGAUUAUGAUUUACACAGUCCACAAUCAAAUGAUGAACAUACUAUUUUAGCUGUGAAAGAAGCAUCACGCCAAUUGGAUGAUUUAUUAUAUUCCUUAAAACAAUUUAAAGUGAGUAAUCAUCAAAGUGAUUCAGGAGCUGAACUACCGAGUAGUAUGAGCAAUUCAUUCAUUGAUAACAAUUCAUCAUCUGAUGUUCACCAGAGAAAUUCACAAACACCUUCGAAUAAGUCAUCUACAACAUCAAGUCAUAGAAUUGAUAAUGCUAACAACAUAAAUACUAUGGAUAAUAUUAUGGACAGUAGUCUCAAUAAUGAAAAUUAUCAAUCAUAUCAAAAUCAUGAUUAUAAUACUUAUCAGUAUACUGACAAUGGAAGCAGUACAACACGAUUACAAAGGCAGCAUGCUCAACGUGUUACAGUGCCAAAAUAUGAAAAAGACAAAAGUGUUCAACCUAGUGAACACUGUCCAACUCAAUUACUGAAUUCAAUGCUUAACGAUUUAUCAUCUGAAUUAUCUCAACAUGGUGCAAAAACAAAUCCACGAGGAGAAUGUUAUGCCUGUAAAAAGCCUAUCAAUGGAACACUUAUCACAGCUAUUGGUAAAGAAUGGCAUCCAGAGCACUUUACAUGUGCCAGUUGUCGUGUUGGCCUUGUUCGUCAAGAUUUUUAUGAACGGGAUGAUCAAGCCUAUUGCACGCAGUGUCAUGUUCAAAUGUUCUCUCCAAAAUGCGGUUACUGUGGAGAAGCUGUUGUUUCGAAGUGUGUUUUAGCAUUAUCACGUGCUUGGCAUCAUGAACACUUCUUUUGUUAUGAAUGUCAUUCAAAUUUCAAUGGAUUAUCACCAGUACAUGAACAAAACGGUCGACUGUAUUGCUCGAAUUGUUAUUUUACAAAAUUUGGAACUCCAUGUUCUGGUUGUCAGCAGCCGAUUACAGAUGCUUAUAUUACAGCAUUGGAUAUGCCUUGGCAUAAAGACUGUUUCACUUGUCGUGAUUGCAAUAAAGUACUAACUGGAUCUAACUUUCAUGAAAUUGAUGGAUAUGCUUAUUGUGAUUCACACUAUUAUUCUAGGCGUGGUUUAUUAUGCAUAGCAUGCUCAUUACCAAUAACUGGACGAUGUGUCAAUGCACUUGGUAAACGUUAUCAUCCAGAGCAUUUUAUAUGUGCUUACUGUUUACACCCAUUACAAACAGGUACAUUUAGAGAGCAUUCAGGUAAACCUUACUGUCAUCAGUGUUUUACACAGCUAUUUGGUUGAUAUUGAUAAACUUUUGAAUUGGAUUUUGAUACUCGUUUUAUUGGAUUAUAGACUAUUUAUGCCUUACUUACUUUAUUAAUAUAUUUGGCUUUCGAAAUCUUUAUUGAAUAUUGACAAUUAAUACAAUUUUAAACAACGAUAUUGACUCUAACUCUCAUGAUUUAAAAUGCUGUACAUAUUAUUUGUUAUACAUAUCCGAGUCAUGGUUAACUUUAUAUCUUUUCGUAUAUCUAUUUCAUUUUCUUUUGUCUUUAGUAAUAAAUUCCCCUUAGUGUUUUUGUUUGAUGUCAUGUAUCAAGAUUCCUGAUUUGAAACCCAAAAAGUACAUACAUAUACGUCUGUAUAUACACCUGUAUGUACUCUUAAGAUUUUCAUAUUUUCCUGUUUUUUAUAUUAACGUUUUGAAAAAUAAUAAAAUAAGGAGGUUUCAUCAACUGCAAAUUUAUUUCAUAUUUAAAAUUCCCUCUUCUUUCCAGUAUUACCUGUUAACAUUAUAACAGGCUGUUUUUUUUCUUUUUCAAAAACUUUAAUGUGUACAACUUCUGACGAAUUUAAUGAGAAAAAUAUAUCAAUGCUUUUUAAGUUAAUGAG